GAUACAGGAUGGGUUUCAGGAUGUUUAGACCUUAAAGCAGAUAAAACUUAUGUUAACGAUGAGUUAGAGAAGAAAGCAGACAAGAACCAUACACAUACAAGUUUUACAACUGUUGCUAUAGAAAGUAUUGAAGGAACGGUUGAAGAAACUGGUGGGGAUGCAAUAUAUUGUAAACCUCCUAACUUUCCACAAGGUUUAACAUCGGAUGACGACAUAACGACGAUGAGAAACAUUAGAUGUAAAGAUGUUUAUGUCAUGAAGGAUGAACAUAAUAUUAAAUUCACUGCUCAAGAUUUAUAUGACAAGAAAGCAGACAAAACAGAGCUUCAAACAUUAAAGACAGAAAUGCUUCAAACAUUAUAUCCUAUAGGCUCUAUUUAUACGUCAAUGAACUCUACUAGACCAGAAACAGUUCUGGGUUUUGGAACUUGGACUCAAAUAGUCGACAGGUUUUUGUAUUGUGCAAACUCUUCAAAGGAAACAGGUGGAAGUAAAACGAUUUCAGGUGAAAAUUUACCUGCACAUAGUCACUACAUAGAUUUAAGUACAUCUCAAGCGGGUUGGCAUAAGCAUAGAUAUUGGGAUUGGUCAGCAAUGACAAAAGGUAAAGGAUAUGAUGUUAAAGACAACGUUAAGUUUGCUAUAGAUUGUUACUGGAGUAACACUGAGGGAGGAGGAAACCAUACACAUCGCGUUACAGGAUAUACGCAAACAACGGGACAAAGUAAAGACUACAUGCCACCUUACAUGACAGUUUACGCAUGGUAUAGAAAUGCUUAG